AUGGAUAGAGCAUCACACAUCGUGAUUAUUGGAGCUGGCAUGGGAGGAUUAGCAUGCGCCUUGUCUUUAGCUAAGGAGGGCUUUACAAACAUAGAUGUCUAUGAGACAGCGUCAAAUUUAGGGUUUGUCGGUGCUGGCAUUCAAUUAGCGCCAAAUAUGGCGAGAGUGUUGGAUAGAUUGGGAUGCUGGAAAGAGAUCGAGGCCGAAGCUGUGGAUCUGAAAGAAACUAGUAUUAGACAGGGCGAUUCCGAUAAUGAGCUAGCUCACGUGGAUCUUUUGUACAUAAGAGAUACCUAUGGAUAUCCUCACAUGGUUGGUCACCGAUCCAACCUUGCUGGCUCUAUGUAUGAGGCUUGCAAGAAGGAAAGUGGCAUCAAGUUUCACUUUUCCACAGCAGCUGAAGCCGUAGAGUCCUUUGGUCCCAAACCAGUCCUCAAGGUCAAGCCGCGCGAAGGAGAAUCUUAUACUGUCGAAGCAGAUGUCAUUCUCGCAUCAGAUGGUAUUAAAUCUAUCGUUCGGUCAAAGAUUUUGGCUGAAUUGAACCAUGAUGCACAUAUUACCGACACGAACCAGGCAGCAUACAGAAUUAUGCUAAAGCGAGAGGACAUGGAAAACGACACCGAACUUUUGGAACUUAUCAACGGAGAUAAGGUCACGAGAUGGAUUGGAGAGAAAAGACAUAUUAUUGCUUACCCAGUCUCAAGCAAGCAGAUUUAUAACCUCUCCACCGUCCAACCUGAUACCAACUUCGCCGCCGCUCCAUCCGCCACCUAUACCACCAAAGGUGACAAGGCUGCUAUGUUAAAUAUUUUCUCCGACUUCUGCCCUAAAGUCCAACGUAUGCUGAAUCUUGUUCCUGAUGGGGAGGUAUGCGAAUGGAAACUCCGUGUUCACAGCCCACUUCCUACUUGGGUUCGGGGUUCCAUCGCACUUGUCGGAGAUGCCUGCCAUCCAACCCUUCCUCAUUUGGCUCAAGGUGCUGCACAAGCAAUUGAGGAUGCUGCCGUCCUGGGUGCCGUCUUUUCUAAAUGCCCUUCUAGUGACCCCUCGGAUAUCAACAAAUCUCUACUGGUCUAUGAAAGUGUAAGAAAAGAACGUGCCGAGACACUUGUCGAGCUAGCUGCACAAUCCGGACGAGCUUUACAUUUAGGAGAUGGAGCUGCAAAGGCGGAGAGAGACAAGCAAUUUGCUGCACUGAAGCAAAAGGGUGGUGCAGUACCAGAUAAAUGGGCCGAUUCCGAGGUCCAGAAGAAAAUUUAUGGUUUUGAUUGUUAUCAAAUUGCUCUCGAUAGGUUUGAUGAUUUAUUUGCAAAGGUCAAAGAAGGUCAAUUCGUUAGCCUGGAACAAUCGGUCAAUAGCAGUGGUGAAAAUGGAAAUGCUGCUAAAAUGUAA